AUGUCGUCAACUCUCAUCGAGCAGGCCAGGACGAUGCACGAGGAGAUGGAGGUGACGGACUUGAUCACAAGACCUGUGAUCGCUCACGUGACCGUCUCUCGCUUCCCCCAGGUUGGCAUGAACAAGAUCGUGAAGCUGCUGGCUACGGAGGCGAAGGUCCUCUCCCAAGUGAAGAAAAUUCAGAAAUCCGCGUCCUUGCUCAAGAACAGCUACGAGGACAAGGACGAAGGCAAGAAGCACGAGGUUGCUGCCAUGUCAGGAUCCGAAGUCUUCGGCGGAUUCUACUCCCGUCUCAGGGAGCUGAGGGAGUACCAUCGCAAGUUCCCCAACCUGUACUAUGAGCCUGACAACAACGAGGAUAUCACCCUUGAAGACGACCCUGAGAUCCUCGACAAGUUCUCGGGAGAAGAGAUGCAUGGGAGGUUCCUGGACCUCAACGAGAAUCACAUCCAGUUCAUCAACUUGAAGAACGCGAGGGCUGUCUCCUACGAGGUCUACCUCAAUAUCUUCCUCGACUUCGCCUCCGUCCCCCUCAACGUCAAGGGCAUGAAGUACAAGAACUACCUCAAGUCCCUCAAGUCCUACCUCGUCAACUUCCUCGAGCGGGCCCAGCCGCUGGUUGACUUUGCGACCCCCAUGAAGAACGCUGAGGACGAGGCUCUCGCGAAGUUUGCAAAGAACGGUUCCUUGCAAUCAGAGCAACCUGGCAUAGGCCUCUUCUUCCAUGAGAGCGGAGGAAGGAUCAGAGUCAAGACAAUCGUGUCGGGAGGGUCUGCGGAGCGCGAUGGACGCGUGCAGGUUGGCGACAUUCUCAUCGCUAUCGACGGUACGGAUGUGCGCGGUCAGAGUGCCAACCCCAACGUGUUUCGUAACAUGAUCACUGGGCCCGAGGGCAGCACGGUUCGCCUCAAGAUGCUGCGAGGAGAGGGAUCCAACGCGUUCGGGUACGAGCUGGAGCUUGUUCGCGGAUCGCCGGAGUACUUCGCGCGUCUGGAGCAAGAGAAGAGGAAUGAAGACGAGCUGACCGAGCUGAAGCUUCAGCUGAAGCAGGCACUUGCGGAGGAGCAGCAGGUUGCAGAGGAAGUCGAUAGGAUCAAGAGGUUGUUGAUUUCCGAGCGACAAGACAAGGAGAUGCGUGACAAGGACGUGGCCGUUCUUGAGCAAACAUUCGACGAGGACAAGCAGCAGCUCACUGAGGCUCUGAGGAAGGUUGAGACAGUCAAACGCGACGUAGAGGCAAGAUUGGCGCCCGUUCAGGCCAGGGAGCAGGAGCUGUCAGAGGAGCUUUCCCGGCAGAUAGAGAAGGACAGGCUGCGAAAAGAAUACAUCGAAGAGCUCCAGAAACGUCACGAAGAGCGAAAGAUACAGCUGGAGCAGCAACUGCAGUUGAUCCGCAAGCAGGCUGCCAUGAUGCUCGAGAAGAAGAAGGCAGAGCACGAUGCGUUGUGGAAGCAACGUCAGCUGGAGGAAGAGAGGGAGCUCUUCAGGGAGAUGCUCGAGAACUCUGACUCUCUCGCCGGCUACGUGCAUGAGAUGCAGGCUCGCAUGAACACCAUCAACGCUGGCUUCUUCGACGGAAUGCCUCAGUUUGGUUCUUCCUCCUCAUCCCUCGGCGCUGCUAGAGGCCUCACAUCUGGACAGGCAGAACUCGUUGCCACCUCCACCCCGCCAAACAAGGGAGCAGCAUCACAGAGCUAUCCGGAUCAAUACUUCUUGGCUUGA